CAGUUAAAUUAAAUUGAAAUGUCAGGUGAAUUACAGAGUUUUACUUUAAUUCAUGGGCUCUAUUUCCUAGAUCUAACAUCCUCUGUGUAACUAGGCAGAAGAGAUGCUGAAUAAAUACUUGAAGUCCAAGGAGGAUGUGGCUGAUUCACUUCUGCAGACUGAUCAGUCACUCACAAAAAAGGAAAGAGAGAUCGAAGUGGAGCGUGUAAAGGCUGAAUCUGCAGAAGCUGUAAAAAAAAUGUUGAAGGAAAUCGAAAAGAAGAAUGAGCAGAUGAUGGAACAGAAAGAAAAGAGUUAUCAGGAACAUGUGAAACAAUUGAUUGAGAAGAUGGAGCAGGACAGGGCCCAGUUAAUGGCAGAGCAAGAGAGGACCCUCACUCUCAAACUUCAGGAACAAGAACGACUUCUCAAGGAAGGAUUCCGGAAUGAGAGCAGGGCACUUCAUAAAGAGGCCCACGAUAUAAUAAGCAGCAGCUCAUCAGAACUGUCAUGUAACAUACUCUAAGAAUCCAAAGGACAUAAUUUUCAUAUUCAGCUCCUUCUCCCCAAAGAAUAAGUUGAAUGAGCAACUGUCUGGAGCCUUUAGAGCCCGGCUGCCUGCCUGUCCGGAGCCAAAGAGCCCACCCAACUAUUGCCUCGAGGCCUCAGAGCCUUGUUUG